GGAGGCUGUUGCUCCGUCAGAGCGGGCCGGGCCGGGAUGGGGAGCGGGGACCGGCUCCUCCGGUCUUGGGGAGCCCCGUGCCCGGAGGCGGGGGCCGGCGUGGGGCGCUGUGCCAAGCCCGGGCCGGGCCCGGUGCUCCCGGGCUGUAUUUAAGGGGCAGCGGGCGGCGAGGAUGCAGAGCCAUGAAGCCUGAGAUGCUCCUCCCGCUGCUGCUCCUGCUGGUCCUCCCGGCCCCCCCGUUGGUCUCGGGGAAGUUUGGCCAGUGCCCGGAGUCCACAAGGUACUUCCUGAGGCUCUGUGACGACUUCUGCUCCUCAAAUGAUGACUGCCCGGGCAGCGAGCUCUGCUGCAGGACCGGCUGUGGACGGGAGUGCGUGCUCCCCAAAGGAGCCAAGAGGGGCUCCUGCCCGCAGUCAGAACCUGGCCUGAUCACCACGUGCGAUGUGCGCUGUAACUCUGACAGCGAAUGCCCAGGCGACGAGAAGUGCUGCAGCGUGGGCUGCCGAGUCCAAUGCGUGAAGCCAGAGCCAG